AUGGCUUCACCCAGUCCGGUGGCUGUCUCCGCGCCAGGUAAAGUCCUGCUGGCGGGCGGAUAUCUGGUGUUGGAUCGAGCACAUACGGGUCUGGUGUUCGGCCUGGAUGCUCGCAUACAUGUCCUCAUCGAGGACAUUCCCACCAGCAAAGGCAUUGUUCUCAAUGAAAUCGUUGUGAGGUCGCCGCAGUUUCUCGAUGCUGUUUGGGAAUAUGGCUAUCGUUUGACUGAGAGGGACGGCGGUGUCAAAGUCACGCCCUUGAGAGUAGACGCGGACCUCAAUCUGAACCGGAACCCAUUCAUCGAGACGACAAUUGCCUAUGUUCUCAGUUACAUCACAAGCAUAAGCCACCCAAACAUAUCCCCAUCGUCUAUCACUAUCCUCGCCGACAACGAUUAUUACUCAACGCCUGCAGGCAUUUCCACUGGUAACGAUGGAUCGUCUCCACGCUUCCACAACUUCGCAGUUCCCAUUUCAAGUGCCCCCAAGACUGGUUUAGGUUCGUCUGCAGCUCUAGUAACAUCUGUGACAGCUGCACUGCUGUCAUACUAUCUCCCUCGCUCCAAAUUCGACAUCACACACGACUCCAGUAGGAGACGUCUCCACAACCUCGCCCAAGCAGCACACUGCGCAGCUCAAGGCAAAGUGGGUUCGGGCUUCGACAUCGCCUCUGCAGUCUACGGAACCAUGCUGUAUCGACGUUUCUCCCCCUCCAUCCUCGCCUCUCAUGCUAGCCCCGGAACUCCCAAGUUCGGUACUGAGAUUCGAGACAUUGUGGACGAAACCUUCCACGGCAGCGAGUGGGAUACCGAAAUUUUGAAAGAUCAAGUUCGCGUGCCUGAUGGCCUGCGAUUGGUCAUGUGUGAUGUAUCCUGCGGAUCCAAAACUCCGGGGAUGGUCAAGCAGGUAUUGGCAUGGCGAGCAGAGCAAGUCGAGGAAGCGAAUGCGUUGUGGAAGGAUCUCGACGAAGCAAACGCAGGCCUCGCUUCCGAUAUGAAAGCAGUUGCGGAGGCACAGGAUGGGAACUACACGGCUUUGAGCGCGAGAUUCACGCGGAUCCGAGAACUCAUCCGCCUCAUGUCCGAGAAGAGUGGCGUGCCCAUUGAGCCACCUGCUCAGACGGAACUGCUCGAUGCGUGCGAGAAGAUUCCAGGUGUCGUGGGAGGCGUGGUUCCCGGUGCUGGUGGCUACGAUGCCAUUUCGCUGUUGAUCAAAGAUCAGCCCGAGACCAUUGCAGCGUUGGAGAAGCUCUUUGCCGGCUGGGACUUCAAAGGGGAAGGUGAUGGCGGUGGAAAAGUGAGUAUGUUGGGUGUCCGCGAGGAAAUGACUGGUGUGAAGUUGGAGGAUCCUAAAAGUUAUGUCAGUGCGUUGAAGUCCUUAUAG